AUGGCAACUCUCCGCUCCAAACUGGCCACCUGGGUCUGGGGCUCUGAACCCAACGAUCGCGCUCUGCUCGCGAAAUUGGACUUGACCCUGCUGCCGUACUUUUCCCUGAUAUGGUUCCUGUUCGGCGUCACUCGCGCCAGUUAUUCCUCUGCUUAUAUCAGUGGAAUGAAGGAGGCGCUGAAUUUCCAGGGCAAGGAUUACAAUUACAUGAACACUGCCUAUCUGGUUGUGUAUGCCGUGUUCCAGAUGCCCGGGACCAGUAUCUUGACGGUGGUCAGGCCCAAAUACGUCUUUGUCGCAGCAAAUGUUACCUGGAGCAUAUUGACGCUGGUCACAUUUAAAAUGACGCAUGCUUGGCAGGUCAUUGUGUUGAAUGCGAUUGAGGGAGGGUUUUCUGCCAUUGCAUACGUUGGGGCUCAGUUUAUUCUCGGCUCCUGGUACAAAAAAUCCGAGCUGGGCACGCGAACAGCGGUGUUUUGCAUCUUUGGCCAUCUGGGAACGAUGGCUGGUGGAUGGAUCCAGGCUGGACUGCUGCAGACACUGGCUGGCAACGGCGGUCUUCCAGCGUGGAAAUGGAUUUUUAUUAUUGUGUCUGUGAUGACUCUGCCUGUUGCAUUUUUUGGAUGGGUGUUCAUUCCUGACCUCCCUGCCCAUAGAGCAGCAUGGUAUCUCACCAAAGAGCAAAAGGAACAUGCUGCAACUCGUCUCGGUGCUACACGCCAGCAAUCGUGGGACUUGUCGGUGUUCAAGCGUAUUUUCCUAAGCUGGCAAUUUUACUUGCUCCCGUUUAUUUUCAUGCUGUACUCGCUCUGCGUUCAAUCACUGCAAAACAAUGUCAUGGCUCUCUGGAUGGCCUCGCGCGGCUAUACCACCGUGCAGCAAAACAACUACCCAACGGCCAUCUACGCCACCGCGAUUCUGGGCACAAUCACCUACGCCGUCAUCUCCGACAAGCUGCAGUCUCGCUGGCAGGUAUCCGUCGCCAUCGGUUUCACAUUCAUCAUCGGCAGCGCAAUUCUCGUGGCUGACCCGCCCACCGACGCCGGCUAUUUCUUUGCCUUUUACCUGCUGGGCACUACUUUCGCUCCGCAGGCUGUGUGGUACUCGUGGAUGGCGGACGUCACGGGCCACGAUCUACAGCUGCGUGCCAUCACCACGGGUUUUAUGAACUCCUUUGACUUUGCGUUUGUGACCUGGUGGCCGCUGAUCUUUUAUCCUGUGACGGAUGCGCCGAAUUUCAGGAAGGGAUAUAUUGCGAGUUUGGUGACGGGUGCGUUGACGCUGCCGCUGAUUGCCGUCAUUGUGUAUUUGGAGAGGAGGGAUACCGCUAGAGGAAUUAUCGGGUUGCUUCCAGUGGAUCCUUCUCUGGGUGACAGUCAAAGUCAAGAGGGACAGGGAGAGGAACAGUCGGAACAGUCCAAGUCCGGGGAUGAGAGUAGUGCACCGAUAACCGUACGGUCGACAAAAGUAGAUGUUUAG